CAUCUUCAAUUCAUUCAUGAUGGUUAUUUUUCGCACUGGUUUAGUAUCAAUGAUCUUGCUGCGAACUCUGAGAAAUGACUAUGCAAAAUAUGUUCAAGAGGAUGAUGAUUUAGAAAGUUUGGAGAGGGAUGUUAGUGAAGAGUCAGGUUGGAAGCUUGUUCAUGGAGAUGUUUUUAGAACAUCUAGAAGCUUGCUCGUGUUGUCAGCAUUAGUGGGCAUAGAAGCACAACUUGCUACGCUUGUGCUUCUUGUCAUCCUACUGGCAAUCAUUGGCAUGCUAUACAUUGGGUAUGUGAAUUUACUAUUUUUGAGAAUGUUUGUUGACAGCUGUUAUACUUUGUCCUAUUGCCAUUUAUGUUUGCUGAAUCCUUUCUAUUUAUGUUUGUUGAAUCCUUUCUAUCUAUGGCCUUGCAAUGGUUGGAUACAAACAGAAAUGGCAUCCAGGGAUACCGCAGGAGUAUAA